AACAACAGAUAAUAACAGAAAUCGAAGAACAAGAAACAAGAGUUUGACACACAUGGACUGUAUGACUAUAAAGCACCUCAAGUUAAAUUGUUUCUAAAUAAGGAAGUAUGACUUAUAAUUCUUGAACUUCCCAAAAUUGUUGCCACGAUCUUGUUGGAUCCUCAAAAAUGCAUAGCUUUUGGAGUAUCCGGCACACAGUUCACUGUUCUUUUUAAAUGUCCCAGCAACAUAAGCAUGACAUUCUUUUGGGACAGACCCCAAAAAGUAUGACACGUGAUUUGUGAGGGACAGAGUAUAACUAAAACAACUUUGACAUGAUAGGUGGGGGUAAUGGGCAAAGAAGUUCAUUUCAGAGUGAAGCAGAGUUGGAAUUAUUGGAAACUUCCUUUUAACUAGGACAACUGAUUGACAAGUUGGAAGAAAGCGAAUCACUUUGGAUUCUCACUUCUCUGCAUAUGUAAACCAGCUAAUGUUCAGGAAAAUAUCCCAACUUCUAUGUCAUUCUUCAACAUGGCAAAUUGUAUUGCCUUGUGCUUCUGGUUCCUCUCUAUCUUAUUUCCAUUUAAUAAUUCUCAGUCAGAAACUUAUAUCAUCCAUAUGGACUUGUCAUCCAUGCCUAAAGCUUUUUCUAGCCAUCAUAGUUGGUACUUGUCUACUAUUGCUUCUGCAUCAGAUAGCUCAAAUAUUGGCUCUGAUAACAGAAAUUCCCUUCUAUAUACUUACACUAACGCCAUUCAUGGUUUUAGUGCAAGUCUUAGUCCUUCUGAGCUAGAGGUUAUCAAGAAUUCUCUAGGAUAUCUUGCUUCAACUAGGGACAUGACAGUUAAAAUUGACACGACGCAUACGUCACAAUUCCUUGGCCUGAAUUCCAAUUCUGGUGCAUGGCCAGAGUCAAAUUAUGGCAAAGAUGUUAUAGUUGGCUUAGUUGAUACAGGGAUAUGGCCAGAGAGCAGAAGUUAUUAUGAUAAUGGGAUGAAUGAUGUUCCAUUAAAAUGGAAAGGUGAAUGUGAAAGUGGCACUCAAUUCAAUUCCUCUUUGUGCAACAAGAAACUCAUUGGUGCGCGUUACUUCAACAAAGGCCUAAUUGCUAGCAAACCAAAUAUCACCAUCUCGAUGAAUUCAGCUCGUGACACGGAGGGGCAUGGGACUCACACAUCUUCCACAGCUGCAGGAAGUCCUGUAGAAUCUGCAUCGUAUUUUGGCUAUGCCCCUGGGUCUCCUACAGGAAUGGCACCAAAGGCUCAUGUGGCAAUGUACAAGGCUUUGUGGGAAGAAGGUCCUCCAAUGUUAUCUGAUAUUCUGGCUGCAAUUGAUCAAGCAAUUGAGGAUGGAGUGGAUGUAUUAUCCUUGUCAUUUGGCAUAGAUGGUCGUCCGCUAUAUGAUGAUCCGGUAGCUAUUACUGCAUUUGCUGCAAUGGAGAAAGGAAUAUUUGUUUCCACUUCAGCAGGAAAUGACGGGCCUGAUGAUGAGAGUUUGCACAAUGGAACACCUUGGGUUCUCACUGUUGCUGCCGGCACAGUUGAUCGUGAAUUUCUUGCGAAACUGACUCUAGGAAAUGGAGUUUCAGUCACUGGUUUAUCCCUCUAUCCCGGGAAUUCAAGUUCAAGAAACAGCUCUAUUGUUUUUCUAAACACAUGCCAAGAGCACAAAGAACUGGAGAAAAAUGCAUACAAAAUUUCUGUCUGUUAUGAUGCGAAUGGAUCAAUAAGUGAUCAAGUGUACAAUGUAAGAAAUUCAAACGUUUCGAGUGGUGUCUUCAUAACAAACACCACUGACUUGGAAUUCUACCUCCUAAGCGAUUUUCCGGCUAUGUUUUUGAACUUUCAAGAUGGUGAUAGAGUUUUGGAGUACAUCAAGAAUAGUCCUUCGCCUAAAGCAAGACUCGAAUUUCAAGUGACACAUCUUGGGGCUAAACCAGCACCAAAAGUUGCUAGCUACAGCUCAAGGGGACCAUCAAAAAGUUGCCCCUUUAUCCUCAAACCUGACCUUAUGGCUCCAGGAGACUUAAUAUUAGCUUCAUGGCCUCAGCAAUUAUCGGUAACUGAAAUAAACUCACGAGAACUUUACAGUAACUUCAACAUUAUAUCUGGCACGUCAAUGUCAUGCCCUCAUGCUGCUGGUGUAGCAGCACUUUUGAAGGGGGCACACCCUAAAUGGAGCCCUGCUGCCAUCCGCUCAGCCAUGAUGACCACAGCCGAUACGUUGGAUAACACGCAAGGGCCCAUCCAAGACAUUGGCAACAACAACAAUGCUGCUAAUCCCCUAGCCAUGGGGGCUGGUCAUAUCAAUCCAAAUAAGGCGCUGGAUCCCGGGCUUAUCUACGAUGUCACACCUGAAGACUACAUAAAUCUCCUCUGUGCUUUAGAUUUCACAUCCAAUCAGAUAAAAGCCAUCACAAGAUCCGCCUCUUAUUCCUGUUCCAACCCAACUUUGGACUUGAACUAUCCAUCUUUCAUUGGCUAUUUCAACUGGAACAGUAACAAGUCGGAUCCUAAACGGAUACAAGAAUUCCGGAGGACAGUGACUAAUUUUGGAGAUGGUAUGUCAACAUACACGGCAAAAUUGACCCCAAUGGAUGAAUAUAAAGUUAGUGUUGCACCUGACAAGUUGGUUUUCAAGGAGAAGUAUGAAAAACAAAGUUACAAGCUAAGAAUAGAAGGUCCAUUGCUAGUAGAUAAUUAUCUGGUUUAUGGUUCCUUGAGUUGGGUUGAAACCAGUGGUAAAUAUGUUGUAAAAAGUACCAUUGUUGCCACUACCAUAAGAACGGAUCAUCUGUAGUAAGACAUGUCUUGUAAAAAUGUGAAAGAUUAAUGAAUGAUUGUGAAGUAAAAUUAUGUAUUUCAUUUCA